GGCAUUUUAUUUUGUUUCCCCAUACAUGGAAAGGGGCAACCUCAAUCAUGCAAUUGAAGUGGACAAUAAUAAAAUCAAAGCAGGCAUACCGCCUGUGUUAAACAUUAGCUACAGACUCAGGAUAAUGUUUCAGAUAGCUUCUGCCAUAGAUUUUCUGCAUACCCCAGUUCCAGAUAUAAGAGGAUUGAUACUACACAUGGAUAUUAAAUCGUUAAAUAUUGUCCUGGACAAAUAUCUUAAUGCACGGUUGAUUGAUUUUGGUCUUGCACGCGAGAUGGAACAUGGUCAUGACCACUUGGAGACUACAAGUAUACAAUAUCCUUCAACCUCGGGAUAUGGGAAAGAGACCCAACAACAGAUUCUGGCGAAACAUGAUGAUUACCGUUGUUUUGGUGUUGUAAUGCGUGAACUUUUAACUGGAAGAAAACCAUCUGUGGAAGGAGUUCCUGAAGAUAAACUGAUGGAUCAAUCUGUGAGGAUGAUUAUGAAAAACAAGUUAAUGGAUAUGUGGAAGAAUUUAAAAGUGGAGCCACCUGUGACAAAACCCCUUGUGGAUCUUACAGAAAAAUGUAUUACAGAUAAGCUUAUGAAGUCAGAAACAAUAGUAACUGAAUUAAAGAAUCAUCUCAAUAACACAAAUACAAAAAGGUGGGAGACUAUUUGUGAAGUAAAUGAUCGGUCCAAAAAAUGUCACAUGUGUUUGGAAUAUAAAGGAGUGGAAGAGCCGGUUUUAAUUCACAGUGGUUGUGAACACCCCAUGAAUGUAUGUGUGUCAUGUAUGAGGAACUCUUACUGCAAUCCAGUGGUGUGCCAUUCUUGUGAUACAGUUUUGACUCCCACUAUAGGUCAUGGCUGGGCAGCAUUGCUUAUAGCUGGUAAUGAUAGAAGGGAUACUGUAGCAAAAUCAUUUAAAGAAGAUGUUAAAGAUAUACACAAAGUGAUUAUAUCGAAAUGUCCACUGGUAAUGGGAGUCAGAGCUGACCAUGUGCAGACAGUGCACCCAGAGAUACCAGGGCAGCAAGAUAAUAUACUAGAUAAAAUUCAAAAGUCUGUCACCAAUUUGACAAGCAUUGAUGGUAUUCAUACAUUGCUUGUUUAUCUCUCUGGCCAUUAUAAGCCAUUGAAGGGUGGAUUUGAACUGAGUCAUUGUAACUCAGUGGAGGGAAAACUUCAGAAAGAGACAAAAUUCCAGUAUCUUUCAUUGAAAGGAUUGCAAGAUAUAAUUGUUACCAUUUUAAAUGGGUCAGCAUCUGUCAGAGAAGGACAUACAGCCUCAAAGCGCGCAAUAGUAUUCUUAGACUGUUGUUCAGCUCCAACAAUUACAACACCAUCCAUGGAGAACGUACAUCCGAGUGACAGUGAACAACAGUCUUCAGCCAACCUUUCACAAGCUGCUUCAGGAGACACAAAAUCUCAGGAAAAGUGUAGCUGGAUUAAACAGCUGUCUGCUUUUAAACUGGAUUCAAACAUUAGCAUUGUGGCAAUCAAUGCAUGUAGGUCAGGCCAGAAUUCUAUUCAAGAAGAAGGAGGGAGUGUAUUUAGAAGAUUUCUUAUUCAAGGCCUUACCAGGGUUGCGCUUGGAGGAAUUUGUGAGAUUCAUCAAUGUGAUCACUGUCAUAUAUCAGGGGAUUUUCUGACUGUUGGAAACUUGCAUACCUACAUAUCAGAUCAUCUGACGAAAUUUCGUAAAAUGUAUCCCAGUGACCCUGUCAUGAAUGUCUACAAUGCUAGUGGUCUUGAUGCAAAGAUAGGCUAUGUUAUUAACUUCAAAGCUGAUUUACAGUUUACUUACAAGUUUAAGGAGAAAGUGUAUUCUGAUACAAUUCCACAAAGAAUGUUUAGUAAGCUGUCUGAACUGCAAAGUUUGCUGUUUGACAGAUACGUAGGUCUGUAUUAG